AUGGAGGCGCCGCGGGAAGGAGAACUGGGGGGCGGGGAGAGGCGCCAGAGGCAGCUCAAGGGCACGGAGCUUUGGGUUAGUAUUCCUGGAUUCUUGACUCUGCUGUACAAAAUCUUAGAGAAGUUAGAUGUCCUUGAUAAGCAAGCAAAGAUAAUCUUGGCUGGAAGAGCAAAGAAAAACAGGCUUCAGAGUGAAGGAAAGAAAAAGACUUUGGUUACACCGCUGACAUUUGAUUUUCAGUUGGAAUUUGAAGAAGCUAUUGCUACAUCCACUAAGGCAGUAUCAAAGGUCACAGAAGACAAAUCAUGUGGCAUUAAAAGAUCAAAAAGGUGUGUCUCUUUCAAAUGUGAACCCAAACCUAGAAAGAGUGAUUUUGAAAAGUCACCUGUAAGAUCACACUUUGUUCCAACAAAUAUAAAGCGUAAUGAAA